AUGGAGAAGCUACGGAAGGUGGUGAAGGAGAUAGCCUACACGCGAGACCACACUAAUUCGCCUGCACUUCAUCGCUCACUUGUUCCCUUUCUCACCUUCGCGUCUUCUCUCUACGGAGUCUCCCUGCAUAUCCGCCGCUCUCUUUACCGCUCCUCCUUCUUCCAUCAAAACCGGUUGCCGGUUCCGGUGAUCAGCGUAGGGAAUCUGAGCUGGGGAGGUAAUGGGAAGACGCCAAUGGUUGAGUACAUCACACGACUGCUCCUCGAUUCUGGAAUCUCACCGCUUAUUCUAACUCGUGGUUAUGCUGGUGGAGAUGAAGCCAGAAUGCUUGAAAGACAUCUCCAAGGUGGACCCACAAAGAUCGGUGUUGGACCAAACAGAGCAGCUAUUGCUGCCACGUGUUUUGAAAAGUAUGGCUGUGCAAACCCAUCUACUAUAAUGUCCUUACUCCAUAAAACAGCAAAAGUCACGACCUUUUCUCAAGAAAUUGGGUCUGUCGUUCUAGAUGACGGGAUGCAGCAUUGGAGUUUGUGUCGUGACCUCGAGAUUGUGAUGCUUAACGGGAUGAAUCCGUGGGGAAAUGGUAACUUAGUUCCCCUUGGACCUUUACGGGAGCCUCUUGCAGCGUUUGAGCGUGCAGAUGUAGCUGUAAUACACCACAUGGACUUGAUAACUGAACAAAGCCUCGGAGAUAUUGAGAAGACGAUACAUGGAUUCAAAGACUCAAUCCCUGUUUUCUACUCCAAGAUGGUGCCUAAGCACUUGUUUGAUGUUAAAAAUGAUAGGUCACCUGUAGCUUUAGCAGCAUUGCAUGAUGCAACUGUGCUAUGUGUUUCCGCAAUUGGAUCAGCUGACGCAUUUGUCAAGAGCAUUGGGAUGAUUGGAGCACGUUAUGUUGAUAGACUUGAUUUCAGUGAUCAUUAUUUAUUUGAAGCACAGGAUGUUGAAACUAUGAGAAGGAGAGCAAAGAGACUAGAGAGCAAAUCUGUUCCCAAGCCUAUUAUUGUGGUAACUGAAAAGGAUUAUAACAGGGAUCCGGAGAUUCUCAAAAGUCUGGACCCUUACACAGUCUUGGUUCUGUGUUCUAAGUUGCAAGUAACUCCUUGUAGAGACACUAAUGUGGAUGACUUUAAAUCUACACUUUGUAGAAUUCUGGCGGCUAAGUUUUGUGUUUCUAGUUAAUUUAGCGUUAACUUACCAUUCUUUUGUUAUGUCACUAUUCUUUCUAAAUUAGAAUUUUCGAGAUUUGAGUUUAUUGUAAAAAGAUGGCAUAUAAUAUUAUUAGCCUUCAGUGAAUUCUA